AUGGACUCCCAAGACCAGGACAGGUCUUUCUCCAUAUUUCAGGGAAUCUACUUCAUUCUAGUGGCCUGCUUCGGCAUCCCAGCCAACUUGCUCUCCAUGGUGGUGCUCUGCAGCCGCCGCUGCGGAUUGUCCAGCAGCACGAUCGUCUACCUGGUCUCCCUGGCUGUAGUGGACACGCUAUUCCUGCUGCUGGGGGGGCUGGUGACUGUCGGCUUUGAGUGGGCGCCGCCCGUGAACUCUGUAACCCCCAGCGCGUCGCUCUGCGGUGCCGUCAGCUUCAACGAGGGCUGGACGCUUUGCAGCUCGCAGUGGAUCGUGGCUACCUUCACGCUGGAGCGGUACCUCGUGUUCCGGGGGCACCGGCCUCGGCGGACCUGUCCCCUCGGCGCUUACCUCCCUUGGCCCCGCCCAUAUCUGCGACCCUCCCGAGCGCAGAUAGCGCUGCUGCUGGUGGUGCUGUGCGUGCUGGGUUCUCAGGUGCUCAGCCUCCCGUUCUGGUGGCUCUUCAGGAGGUGGCCGGGAGGGGGUGAGGCAGGGGGCGGAGCCAUUAUUACUCUCAUGUGGAGAAACGGCUCCCAGGCACCGCUGUCAUCACGCUGCCAGGCACUGCCAGGGCCACGGCAGCCCGCCUUCUCAUGGGUCCACGGCCUGCUCGCAGGGUGCCUGCCCAUGAGCCUCACCGUGUCCUUCAGUGUCCUCGUGUGCCAUCAGUUCCGCCGCCGAGCCCGCGUCCUCGCUGGCCCAAACAACGGCGCCCCCUUCAGGUCCACCAGUUCGCGGAUGCGGCGCUCCGGGCGGCUCCAGGUGACAGUGGCACUGGUGGCGGUCUUCCUUGCCCUCCCCCACUACAUCAUGCAAGGUCUGAAUGUGGUCUUGGGUGUACAGCUGGGUCAGUGGGUGGGCUGGGGCGUGGCAGUGGGCGUGGCAGACAUGCUGCAGUGGCUCAGCUUGGUCAUACACUUCCUGCUCUACUGUUUCCUGUCCUCUGGGUUCCGCCGUGAGACUCUGGCCCUCAUGGGACGGCUCUGCAAGCACCGUAGGAAGCCGACGGUUCCGGUCCCACCCAGGGUGCCCAGAGCCCUGCCCUCGCAGGUAUGGCUGGUGCAGGACGCACCCCCCGAGCGGCGCACCUCCCAGAGAGCGACGCCGAGCUCCUGGCAGAAGCUCCACUAA